GCUGAAGCUACCGCAACACAUAGAAAAAACGAAGUUUAGAGUUCAAGAAACAAAAUGAAAGUCAUUCUAUUAAUCAGUGUCCUGGUGUUCGUUGCCCAGUGCUCCGCCCGAGAGGUGGGAGUUGUUCGUCAUCAUCAGCGAAAUCAUCAUUUGGGCACGGUUAAGGCCGAGACGCGGGUUGUGGGUGGCUCGGAUGCCCCAGCUGGCUUUGCGCCCUACCAGGUGUCCAUUAUGAGCACCUUUGGGGAGCAUGUGUGCGGCGGCAGCAUCAUUGCCGAGCGCUGGAUCUUGACAGCCGCCCACUGCCUGGAGUGGCCCACACAAUACCUGAAGAUCAUCACCGGCAGCAAUGACUACACCAAGCCGGGAGCCGAGUAUCUGGUGGAUGGGGCCAAAAUUCAUUGCGGCCAUGACAAGCCCGCCUAUCACAAUGACAUUGCACUCAUCCACACGGCAAAGCCGAUUGUCUACAAUGCCCUGACUCAGCCCAUCAAGCUGGCCAGCAAGGGCAGCCUGCCCAAGGCGGGGGAUAAGCUCACCCUCACCGGCUGGGGCAGCACCCGCACCUGGGGACGCUAUGUGACGGAUCUGCAGAAGAUUGACCUGAAGUACGUGGAUCAUUCGGUGUGCGAGUCCAAGGUGCGCAAUGUCAGCUGGCUGAGCGAGGGACAUUUGUGCACCUUCACGCAGGACGGCGAAGGAUCCUGCCAUGGCGAUUCCGGCGGUCCAUUGGUGGACGAGAACCAAACCCUCGUGGGCAUUGUCAACUGGGGCGAGGCCUGCGCCAUUGGCUAUCCGGAUGUGUACGGAUCUGUGGCCUACUAUCUGGACUGGAUCAACUUGAUGAUGACAGACGCGGGCACCGCCUGCUAAAGUCACCCCCCACGGGGCCAAAGUUGGGUUCAAAAGCCACAAAGAACAAAAAUUGCCAAACGCCAUAUACAAGCGGCGUUUGCAAAUCGAUCAAAGUAGACAGUAAAAUUGUU